CAAUACACUUUUACAGACUUUAUUACAAGUUCCACCAUAAAUCAUGUAAAUUAAAUCAAAAUCCCAAAUCCAUUUAUAAAAUGAUCAGACUCCGACCUCAUUUUGAAAUACCGUUAUUAAUUAAAAAUUACAUUCCAUCUGUGUAUUAAUAUAAAAAACGAGAUAGUUAACUCUAGUAACAAUCCGUGACUACACAAGGGGAGCUCACUCAUAUACAGAAACGCAGGGUUAAUCAUAAGGCAUAUAUUGACAAAAAAUAACUUGAAUAAUAUAUCAUAUUUGGCUUAUAGUUACAGAAUAUAGAGUGAUGUACUGACACUCUCACUGACAAGUAAUGCCAGUAAAAGUACCGGUAUAAUUGAUUUUUCUAAGUAAGUAAGGGCCAUCCAUAAAUGAUAUUAUGUGUCGAGAAUGGAGAGGGGGGCACAAAUUUGAAAACAAUGUGUGACGAAGGUACCGGUAUCAAAAUCUAUUACAACUUUGUCGUGGGGGGGAGGGGUGUGUAAAAAUAUUUCCGAAACACUGACAUCAUCAUUUAUGGCUGGCCAGUAUUUGGGCUAAAUAAAGAUAGCCACUUUAGGGCUUUCCAUUAAUGACUUCAUGCUAUUUUGGCCAAUAAAGAUAUCUUAACUAAAAUGGGGUGUCUUUAUGUAGCCUACCUUACGAUUAAUUUAUUAUUAUAAGACCUGUGGAUAUUUUGAUUACAAAACUGUGUGUGAAUAGUGUAGCCAAUGCACAGUUUUUACUGUGUACCAUUCAUUUUAUAUGAACAAGCAUACUCAAGUUACUUUUUCAACCCUUUAAAUUUGUUAUUCUUCCAAGUGCUCUGCCCCAAUUCACACAGAGGGAAAAAAGUUCACAUGGGUCCCUUUAAAUACUUUAAUAAAGUGUAAAUUCCAUUCUUGACCUUUUAUCAUGGUCUGGAAGUAUGAGAAAUAUUUCACAACCCAAAAGUUCUGUUUUCCAAUGAACUCAUGUAGGCCUUCUCUAUGUAGUGUAUUAAAAGUCACAUGAAAUUAAAUGUCAUAUCAAAGUACCAGUAGUUAAGUACCGUACUUAAUUAAUCUAACAGUAGGCCUAGUUAAAAUUAAUAUAUAAUAUCAGCCAAAUUAUCUGAUGGCACUUGCCUUUACACUUUACUUCUUCAAUUAAAUAUAUCACAUGGUGCAAUUGAUCCUGGUUGAAUUGUUUUUCUGUUUAAUUAAAAAUACAAAAGAAGAUGUCUGAUCAUUUAAGAUACCGGUAACAUAAUAUUACACCAUGACUUCAUGUCCUAAUUUUAUGCUCUACAGGAAAGAUUUCUCAUCUGAAACCUUGCAGGAAAUAACAAGCACAAGAUGUCCAAGUCAGUGAUCACAUUAAAUGUUGGUGGCAUUCUUUACACAACCACUACAGCUACUUUAUUAAAGUAUCCAGAAUCUAUGCUUGGCUCCUUACUAAGUCAUAAUCUGCCAAGCACAAAAGAUGCCCAUGGCCAAUUGUUCAUUGAUCGGGAUGGGCAUAUAUUUAGACACAUACUUAAUUUUCUCAGAUCUUCUCAGCUCUGUCUGCCCUCCAACUUUAAAGAGUUGGAUCUAUUAAGUGCUGAAGCAGAUUUCUACCAAAUUUGUCCUCUCAUUGAAGCUAUCAAUGAGUACCGAGAUGGUCCAGCUCGUGAUAAUUUUGUUCAAAAGGGGCGAACAUUUUAUUUAGAAAUAAUUGAAGUUAGAACAGGUUCCACUGCCACCAUGCCUACCAGUAAUUCCCGUGUGAAGACUAUUCUUUUGGGGAGGAAAGACAUCUUACUAACACUAUCUCCUGCUGUCAUUGGUGCAGAUUUUAUGGAACGUCUUUGUUGCAAAGAAGCCCAAGAAUACACUGAGGUUGAAUUGUUUGGUAGUCCGGUGCGUUUAAGGGUUGGGGAAGAAUUACGUAACUUAGGAUGGACACUGAUUUCUUCUGAUUUGUCAACCUCCUCUGGGUUUGACAAUAAAUCUCAAAUUGGAAUGAGUCUCAUAAUAGAGCAUACAUUCAGAGACAGAUGGAGCAAAGACUUUGAACAUGAUGAACCUAUUAAAGCAAACCCUCAUCACACUAUGUAUUUAGAGGAAGCAAGUGUCUGACAAAAGUGAUGAAGUAGAACUCUAAUUCACUGCUGCCUAAAUAGAGCCCAACUCUUUGUGCUGUUCAUCUAUUUUGAGAGAAAGCUAAUAAAAUUUAUCUUUUGUAAUAAAUGUUAUUUCUUAUUUAAAUGUGUACUUUGUAACUGAAACUAAAUGAUAAUAUUCCAAUACAAUCAAAAUUUAAUUGUGUAUUGUGCUUGUCCAAAGUAUUUGUCACAUGACUAAGUGACCUGAUUAGUAAAUUAAAACAAUAUGCACAGACUGUGUGAUGUAAUAUUUAGAUAUUGCACUUGUUUUAUUAUUUUGUCCAUGUUGUAAAUAAAUGAGUAAUAAAUGUUUGCAUUGAAUAAACUUUCAGUUGUUUUUCAUGUUUAAAUAAAAAUGACUGAAUGAAUAUUUGAUGAAAAAUUAGGGGCAGAUCCUUGUUCUUGUACCUGUAUUCACCAUAAUAACAUUAAUAAAUGUAUUUAAUUUGUUGAGACAUUUUUUCUUGAUUACCGUAUAAAUUAACAUAAAUAAUUUACAUCUAUUUUUAAGUACCGGUACCUGGUAUUACUAUCGUACAGAAAUGCCUUUUAGUUUUAUGGUGUAGAUGAAGGCAUUCUUAACUCAUUACCAAGUCUUACGUUUGAAUACCGGUUCUUCUAGUUCUCAUUGAAUUCCUGGAUAACUUUGUUGAUUAUUUUAGAAAGCUUAGGUCAUUAAAAAUUUCCCUUUUUCAAAAUGUAUAAAAUUCAAUUUUGGUUGAUUUUCAUCAAAUUUGAAAAUCUCAUAACUUUGUUGUUCAUUGAGAUAUUUCAAUAAUAAUAGUGGUGUUUUAAUUUUAGAAUGAACAUUUCUGUCAGGGGAUCCUCCUCAUCCUUAGGUCCCUUAGUCCUUGGACCGUUGGGGCGCCACAGAUGACAUGUGAACCAUCCUCCUCCAUUCCUCCCUGUCUUCAGCACUAUGCACUGCAUCGCCCAGUGUUAGUCCUGUCCACUCUUUGAUGUUAUCCUCCCACCUUUUUCUUUGUCUUCCUCUUCUUCUCCCUCCUCUGGUGGUGCCCCGCAAUAUUUCUUUGGCAAGCCCUUGUUUCCUUGUUACGUGGCUGUACCAUUGUAAUUAGAAUUUUUUGUCAUCGUACUCCCCAAUUGCCUGACAAACCCUUUCUUUCACUGUAUCAUUGGAGAUAUGGUCCCUAUAGCAGAUGCCCAAAAUGCUUCUGAAGCAUCUCAUCUCCAUCGCCUUUAUUUUCCUUUCAAGAUCGGCUGUUAAUGUCCAGGAUUUGCAGGCAUACAGGAAAAUGGAGAGGACUAAUGAGCACAACAGCCUGAUUUUGGUGCUGGGGGCUAUAUUUUUGUCAUUCCAUAUUUUCUUGAGCUUUUUUAGUGCUGUUGUAGUCUGCGCAAUCCUGGACAUCAGUUCGGGCUUGGAGCCUUCUUCUGAGACUAUUGCUCCUAGGUAUUUGAAGCGGCCGACAGUCUCUAAUCUUUCCUCCCCGACCUUAAUGUCAGGGGAUACUCAUCACAAAUGUCUGCCAUGGAUAGUUAAUUUCAGUUUUGACUACUUACUUAAAAUACUAGUACCAUACCGAUAGUCUUCAAAAUUAUGAAAAAAAUUCUGCACUACCUACAUAAAUUUCUUUUCAAAAGAAAUAUUUUAAGCUAGUGCUGAACCAGGUGCGUUUUUUUUAAACAGUUUUUAACUCUGUUAAACACACAAAAAAAGAGUUAACGUCCAACAGUCCAACACCCUACCUGCUGGCCUUUAAAUAAUAGGCCUACAGACAGUCAUACAUCCUACCUGCCAGCCUUUAAAAAAUAGGCCUACAGACAUUUCUCACCUACACCCUACCUGCUGGCCUUUAAACAAUAUUCCUAAAGGCAGUCCUACACCAUACCUGUUGCUCUUUCUUGAUAAAUGUAAUAUAGUAGUCACCUCCCCCCUAUAGAAAAAAAUUCAAACUUUUUAACUUGACUUCAACCCUCACGAAUGACGCUGGCUGCAUGACAGCUUUUAUUUUUCACUUGGUACUAUUAAUUUUAAGUACCGGUAUAUUGAGUAGGGGUAGGGUCGGUUGUGAAAAGGAAGCAGGACACAUCAGAAUCAAAAUAUAUAAAAGAGAUGUACCAGGCAGAAAAAUAUAACUUUUAUUUACAAUAUUUACGUAGACACCAUUUUAUUUGAACUUUGACAUAAGUCAAUUUCUUGUUGUAACUAUUUGUUGUUAGAUAUCGCUC